AUGGCUCCGUCUGGAAGGAGAGUCGAACCUCGUGGAACUCCUACCGAGGAACUGCUAGCGCAGAAUUUGCAGCAAUUGACCCAAUUGACUCAAACUUUGGGAAAUGCGCUUCUCAAUAAUCAACGGGGAGGGCCAGAUGUGGCUAAGAUCAUAGCUGGGCAUCGUCCGCCAUUCUUCACUGGUAAGGAAGAUCCACUAGUGUUAGAAGAUUGGAUAAGGACUUUCGACAAAAUGUUUGAGGCUGUAGAAUGUCCUGAAGAAAGGAGGGUGGAGAUAGCUACAUUCUAUUUCCAGCAAGAAGCUGACAAUUGGUGGAGUAUGAUGGGACCCAUGUAUCAACAACAAGGAGAAUUUCAAUGGACUGACCUUAAUGCUCGAAUGCGGGAUCAUUUUUAUCCCGAGCAUGUUAAGUCCGCUAAGUACGAGGAAUUUCUACAUCUACGUCAAGGGACGACAUCUGUUCAAGACUACUAUGCUAAGUAUCUUGAGCUGGCACGAUUUGCCCCUGCCUUAGCCCCGAAUGAGCCAAGCAAGGCUAGGAAGUUUGUAAAUGGAUUAAAUUUUGAGACUCAAAAAGCUGUUUGUGUGUUUGAGUGUCAGACUCUUGGAGAGGCUUAUAACCGGGCUGCCAGACAUUAUCGAGUCCAGCAGAUGCAGAAGGAGGUUCGUGAGAAGGGUAAGAGGAAAUUUGAAGGUAGUAGCAGAGGGGGAGAGAAGAACUCUAAGAUGAGUCAAGGAGAGGUUAUUCGGGAUUACCAAAGAAGUGGGAUUCCCAGACCUAGGAGGGAUUUCCCAACUCAAAGUACGGGGAUGACUAGUAGAGGAUGGAUGAAGGAGAGGCAUUUCUACUGUAAAAGAUGUGGGAAGGAUCAUCCCGGUGUCGAUUGUAUAGGGAUGCCGGUAGAGUGCUUCAAUUGUGGGAAGAAGGGCCAUCGCUCAUUUGAAUGUCAAACUAGCAGGAGGGAAGGGUCAUUCCGUCCUAGCCAGAGUCAAGAAAAGACCCAACAAUCUGGAAUACAAGUGAAGGCUAGGAAUGGAGUGAACAUGGCAAAUAGUAACAUUGAGAGCACAAGCAAGGCACCAACUAGCAGGAGUGGACCCCAGCAAGGGAGGAUCUUUGUGAUGAGUAAAGCUCAGGCGGAUGUGAGCGAUGUGGUGGCAGGUACUUUUCUGCUUCGUGAUAUACCUGCUUAUGUAUUAUUUGACUCUGGAGCAUCUCAUUCUUUUAUAUCCUCAAGGUUUGUAGAGAAAUUAAAGUUAGUACCUAGUUCCCAAGUACAAUUUAAAGUGAACCUUGCAUCGGGGAAGGUGGUGACCUGUAGUAAUGUUUUUGAGAAUAUACCUAUAAAUAUAGAAGGGGAAAGUUUCCCUUGUACCUUAAUACAGUUUGGGUUAGACGACUUUGAUAUAAUAUUAGGGAUGGAUUGGUUAGGAAAAUAUAGGGCUAAGAUCUUUUGUAGUCAACAAAAAGUGGUACUGAGGAACCCAAAAGGAAAACGUGUGUCCUAUAAGGGAGUUGCAAGUCGGCCCGAGGUGAGAUUGGUAUCUUUGGCCAAGAUGAGAAAGUAUGUGGAAAAAAGGUGUGAAGUAUUCUUAUGCAUGGUGGAAGAUUUGAAUGNAUCUGCUUCCCCUAGUUGGAAUAACUAG